AUGGCCGAACCAGAAUUUCAACAAGCUUAUCAGGAAAUUGUUUCCGCUUUAGAAGAAUCUACUCUUUUUGAAAAGAAACCGGAAUAUAAGAAAGUUUUACCAAUUGUUUCAGUUCCUGAACGUAUCAUUCAAUUCAGAGUUACAUGGGAAGAUGAUAAUGGUGUACAACAAGUUGCACCAGGUUAUAGAGUUCAAUACAAUUCUGCUAAAGGUCCAUACAAAGGUGGUUUACGUUUCCAUCCAUCUGUUAAUUUAUCAAUUUUAAAAUUCUUAGGUUUUGAACAAAUUUUCAAGAAUGCUUUAACUGGUUUAGAUAUGGGUGGUGCUAAAGGUGGUCUUUGUGUUGAUUUAAAGACUAAAUCUGACAGUGAAAUUAGAAGAAUUUGUUAUGCUUUUAUGCGUGAAUUAUCUCAACAUAUUGGUCAAGACACUGAUGUUCCAGCUGGUGAUAUUGGUGUUGGUGGUCGUGAAAUUGGUUAUUUAUUCGGUGCUUACAGAUCUUAUAGAAAUUCUUGGGAAGGUGUCUUAACCGGUAAAGGUUUAAAUUGGGGUGGUUCUUUAAUUAGACCAGAAGCAACAGGUUAUGGUUGUGUUUAUUUUACACAAGCUAUGAUUGAUUAUGCUACAAAUGGUAAAGAAUCUUUCCAAGGUAAACGUGUUGCAAUUUCAGGUUCUGGUAACGUUGCACAAUUUGCUGCUUUGAAAGCAAUUGAAUUAGGUGCUAUAGUUGUAUCUUUAUCUGAUUCUAAAGGUUGUAUCAUUGCUGAAGAUGGUAUUACAUCUGAACAUGUUGCGGCUAUUGCAGAAGCAAAAAUUAGAUUUAAAUCAUUAGAACAAAUUGUCGGUGAAUAUUCUGCAUUUGCUGAAAAUAAAGUUAAAUAUAUUUCUGGGGCUCGUCCAUGGUUAAAUGCAGGUCCAAUCGAUAUUGCAUUACCAUGUGCUACUCAAAAUGAAGUCUCUGGUGACGAAGCUAAAGGUUUAAUUGCCGCUGGUGUUAAAUUUGUCUCUGAAGGUUCUAAUAUGGGUUGUACCGCUGAAGCUUUACAUGCUUUCGAAACCGCUAGAAGUUCCGCCAAAUCUCCAAGUGAAGCCGUAUGGUAUGCUGUCGGUAAGGCUGCUAAUUGUGGUGGUGUUGCAUGUUCAGGUUUAGAAAUGGCUCAAAAUUCUCAAAGAAAGAGAUGGUCUCGUGAUGAUGUUGAUCAAGCUUUGAAGAAGAUUAUGGUUAAUUGUUUUAAUGAUUGUGUUAAAGCAGCUGAAGAAUAUAGUAAUGAAGCAAAUAAGAAUACUUUACCAUCUAUUGUUAAAGGUGCUAACAUUGCAGGUUUCAUUAAGGUUGCAGAUGCUAUGAUUGACCAAGGUGAUGUCUUUUAA